AUGGAGGCCGCGGCCGCGCUCACCGAUAUGUACGACCAGGCGCUGCUGGGGAUCCUGCAGCACGUCGGGACCGUGGAGGAGUUUCUGCGCGUCCUCUUCGGCUUCCUCUACCGCAAGACCGACUUCUACCGCCUCCUCCUGCGACCCGGGGACCGCCUGGGCUUCCCGCCCGGCGCAGCGCAGGCCAUGGCCCUCCAGGCAUUCAAAGUCUUUGAGCGGAUGGCCCGGCAGGACGAUGAGAAGAGGAGCCGAGAGCUGGAGGUGAAGCUGAGGAAGAAGGAGGAGGAGGAAGCCACAUCUGCUGAGAGGGUGAAACUGCCCCCGGCAGCUCAGGAGGUCGAGGUAGAGACAACAGUAGAGCCCAUCCCAGCAAUGGAUGCUGGGGGAGCUGCAGGGAUCCCGGAGUCAGCCCAGGACACACCCCCUGGCCCCGUGUCGGCUGAGCCCCCAGGGGCUGCUGAGGCUGAGAGACCUGGGGCUGUUUAUUGGGCUGCUGAGAUCAGCAGCCAAGUGCCGGUUCCCCUGAAACAGGAGCAGUUCCAGACCAACCCCGAUAGCUACAACGGAGCAGUACGAGAGAAUUAUGCCUGGUCCCAAGACUACAGUGACCUGGAGAUUAAAGUGCCUGUGCCCAAGCACAUUUUAAAAGGCAAACAGGUGUCUGUGGAUAUCAGCAGCAGUACGAUCCGUGUGGCAGUGCUGGAGGGAAGCAGCCAGUGCGUGCUCAUGGAAGGGAAACUCACCCACAAGAUCAACACUGAGAGUUCCCUCUGGAGCCUGGAGCCAGGGAAGUGUGUUUUGAUCAACCUGAACAAAGGGGACGAGUACUGGUGGAAUGCCAUCCUGGAGGGUGAGGAGCAGAUUGACAUCGACAAGAUCAACAAGGAGCGCUCCAUGGCCACGGUGGAUGAGGAGGAGCACGCCGUGCUGGACCGCCUCACAUUUGACUACCACCAGAAGCUGCAGGGCAAGCCCCAGAGCCAUGAGCUGAAGGUGCACGAGAUGCUGAAGAAGGGCUGGGACACUGAGGGCUCCCCGUUCCGUGGCCAGAAGUUCGACCCCUCCAUGUUCAACAUCUCCCCUGGUGCGGUGCAGUUUUGA